UCUCCCAACUCGUCUCUGAUUACCGCUUGUUACCGCUGUUGUUUUGCGUGGAAAAUAAAAUAUGACAUUGUUGAGUAAUGCAUGUGUUUAAACAAUAUUUUCAACAAUUUAGAUUUUGACGUUUUGCGGUCACUUUAUUUUUUGCGAUACUGUACAAAUACUUCUAGAGACUGCACUUUAAAAUGGAUGUACCGUUGGAAAAAGUAGAACUUCAAGUGGAUGUUUACAUGGUAUGCUUGCAUCAUGCCUUGUCUACAGAAAACUUUGAAGUAAUGGGAUUACUCAUUGGAAAUUUUGUAUCCGGAGUGGCUAAAAUUUCAGCCGUUAUAAUUUUACGGCGGUCGGACAAAAAGAAAGAUCGUGUGGAAAUUUCUUCGGAACAAUUGUUAGAAGCUGCUGCAGAGGCAGAGCGAUUAACGGUUGAAUUAAAACGUCCUAUGCGUGUCCUCGGAUGGUAUCAUUCCCAUCCACAUAUUACAGUUUGGCCAUCUCAUGUUGAUGUCCGAACACAAGCAACUUACCAAACGAUGGAUCAUAGCUUUGUAGGCCUCAUAUGUUCAGUAUUUUCAGAAGACAAAGAUUCUAAGGAGCAAGAAGUGUUGAUAACCUGUUUUCAAUCACAUAACGGAGAAGCCACCGAAAUUCCCCUGGAGAUUAAGUUUACAUCCGAUAUCUCGAUGCGUUGUCUAAAGAUUAUGACAGAUUUACCAAAGAUUUUGGUACAAGAGGAAGAAGAUAUGGCAGAAGCUUGCGAGGAUCAUCCCGAUUACCUUGCUUCCAUCCACAAUAAUGCAGUGAGAACUCGAGCCCUAGCCCAUGUAGCUGACAUAGUCACCAGACCGUCGGUUCUCACCUUUCAAGAGCGAAUAGCAUUGAAUAAAGUACGAGCAGCACGUCUUCGAAGACAGUUACAAGAAUUGGAACAAAUUUACAAUGGAUAAGGUUAAUUGUUGCACAUAUUUUGUUUAACAAACUAACGGAAUAAUGGACAAAUUAAAUAUGUCAAACGUUACACCAUCGAAGACUGAUACAAGAAUUAUGAGUGUACAGUAAAUAAGGAUCAUUGCACGCAUGCUAAAAAUGCGAAUACAGAGUUGUAUGUAUGUAUGCCAAAAAUGUGACAAAUACUGUGUAAAAUAAUACAUCUUCAAAGAAAAAGUUUUAAGUUAA